AUGAACACCCUCCAAGAAGCAAGCCGGAUAUACAAGGCCCUCCAAAAACCCGGUCCGACAUUCGGAGGAUGGCAGAUGCUCCCAGGCACCAACCUCGCCCGCUCAAUCGCCCGCUCAGGCGUCGACUGGAUUUGCGUCGACACAGAACACGGCAACAUAUCCGACAGCGAAAUGCACGAAGCCGUGACGGCCAUUGCACUGGCAGGCGUAAGUCCGCUUGUAAGAAUCGCCGCGAAUGAAGCGUGGAUGGUGAAGCGCGCCCUCGACUCGGGCGCACACGGCAUAAUCGUGCCUCUAAUCUACACCCUCGACGACGCAAAACGCCUCGUUUCAUCCGCCAAAUUCCCUCCACAAGGUACCCGCGGAUUCGGCUCACCUUUACCAACCCAGUGCUUCGGAAACGAAGCAAUGUCGUAUUAUCUACAGCAUGCGAAUUCAACGCUCAUAACCAUCCUCCAAAUCGAAACCCUCCCCGCUCUCACUGCUGUCCGCGAAAUCGCUGCUAUCCCCGGCGUCGACGUCCUCCUUAUCGGUCCCUUUGAUCUAGGCAAUAAUAUCGGGCAUCCCAUUCUCACGGGCGAAAUCGCGCCCGAGCUGGAUGCCGCGAUUGAAUCUAUCAAAGAAGCGGCGCAUGCUGAGGGGAAAAAAGUCGCCAUUUAUUGUAAUUCGGGCGAGGAUGCGCGCAGGUAUGCGCAGAGGGGAUUCGAUAUGAUGAGUGUUUUGACGGAUCAGAUUGGGGUUACUGGGGCGUUUAAGAGCAGUUUGGGGGUCGCGAGGGGGGAGGUGGAGGGGAGUAGUGGGGGGGAUGGGAAGGUCAAGGGGUAUGAUGGGAGGUGA